AUGCCCGACCAAGAUUCGUGGUUUGUAUGCAAGUGGUGCGAUGGCCGGGUGAUCGGGUCUAAGAAAGCCACUGAAGAUGAGGAAGCGGCAAAGUGGUUCGUUCCGGAUGAGGAGGACGAAGACAAGGAAGGCGCCUGGCCGGAAUUUCUUCCAGAUGGGGACCGGCCCAAUCUGGAUGGCACUCGGAUUGACCAAGCCAUCAUGGCUGCGGGCUCUGCCGCGCCUGGUCUGCAUGGUCACUUCGUCUGUCAAGAGCGUCUUACCCGGAAGCAACAUGUGCAGAUGGCCGAAUACAAGAAGAAAAUGGAGGAGGGCAAAGAGAAAGAAUUCAGUUUCAAUUCGUACCGCCCUCAUAGCUUAUGA